AUGUCUGCUCCCAAAGGCGGUCGGCGGCAGCCUGGGAUGCCCAACCUCAACUUGAGUCGGCAGCAGCUUCAGCAGGGCAAAGCUCAUGCCGAACCAACGUCUCCUCCUCACACGCCGACUGCAUCACCGCAGAAGGCCCGCAAGAGCCAGCCACCUUUUGGUCAAGCAUCCCGCCGCGGUCCGAUGGAUCCUCACAUCCAGCCUGUCGGUACUGGCCAUCAGUUUAGCUACCAGCCCUUUAUCGGGCCAGAACAGCUCAGCCCUCGCUCUGCGUCCUCGUCUGAACCCGCAGAUGAUUCUGAUUCUGACGACGAGUACUCAUCGGAAGAAGAAGAUUAUAAACGUGGUCCAAUCAAGGCCCCAUCUCCUCGAGCUGCGUCUGAUGCCCAAUCCUCCGAAGACGAGUCUGAGCCUGAAGAUGAUUCUGACGAGGACGAUGACGAGGACGAUGAAGAAGGAGAGGAUUAUGCUAUACCGAAAAACGAUGCCUCCAGGCGACCAAUUUCUCCCAUCAAAAGAGUAGUACAUAUGACAGAGGAGGAGGAGGAUGAGGACGAGGAAGAGGAUGAAGACGAUGAAGAGGAAGAAGAGGAAGAUGAGGAGGACACUGACAACAAUGAAGAUGGCAUGUCACAGCCAAUCAUGGAAUCGCCCGUCUAUGCUGCCGUUACUACCACAACGACCACAGUCUGCGACUUUGUCCUCGAAGACAUGGAUCCCAUGGACAGCGACAAUGGCUUGUCUGUCCUGGAUCCGUAUGAAAUCGAGUCCAAUCGUAGCCGAUCGAGCUCGAAGCAGAGAGACGACAAGGCACCGCGAUUCGAGCACCGAGACCUGCCCAUCAGGAUGAUGCAGGAUUUGAAGAAUCUCAACUGCAGCAACGAGGCCUCGGACGAGGAAGGGGGGCAGGACACGGAAGAGGCCGCCUUUUACAAGUGGCAGCAGCACAUGCGUCGACGCCGUCUCAGCGUCUCGAGCAGCAUCACCGGCAAACGCACCUUCAGCGAGCGCAGCGACUCGGACGACUCGGACGAUGGUGGUCUCGACGUCAAUGAGAUGGGCUCCAGCGCGCGCCGCAUGAGGAAGCGCAUGCACAGGGGCAGCCUGCUCUUCCAGGACCCGCCUGAGCCACGCAUCGACGAGCUCGAGGAGCCCAACUCGAGCGAGGACGAGUACAUUACCAGCCAGCACCUCGGCAUGGAGCUGCCGUACUGGACGAUUGAGAUUAACGAAAUGGAAGAUUCUCAAUAA